AUGGAAGAAAAAUCAACUAUUGAAAAAACAAAAAGUGUUAACUGUCCCAGUAGUGAUGGCAGGUCUGCGCAGUAGCUCCGCCCGCAGCCGUGCGCCCUGAGUCCUCAUUCAAAACAGAGCACAGCUGUUGUGAGGCGCAUCGCCGUGUCCUUACAUUAGCUCAGAUUGUUAGCUGUCCCGUAUCUCCCCCGUCUGCUCAUGAACCCGCUGGAAACCCGGCUGCAGGGAGAGGAAUACGGCGCAUCUCGGUGAGUGGAACCAAGAGAAGGACAGGACCUGACUGAGCAGGACACAAGCGUGCGGACCUUAACCCUGCACUAUGCACAUCUGACACACAGCCUAGGGAGUGGUGGGUUUUGCUACUGCUGAGGACGAUGAGAGGUCUCCUGCGCUGAAGAUCAAUGUUGUGGGAAUGAUGGACCUGCCCAAUGGCCAAUCAGGCAUCACCACCAUCGCUGCCACUCUCUCUGAGAAGAGCAGCAGCGCAGAGUCUCUGAGUGAAAAGGGCUCAGAGCUGAAGAAGAGUUUUGACGCCGUUGUGUUCGAUGUGCUCAAGGUCACUCCCGAAGAAUAUGCAGGCCAGAUCACACUUAUGGAUGCUCCCGUAUUCAAAGCCAUCCAGCCAGAGGAGCUGUCGAGUUGUGGCUGGAACAAGAAGGAGAAGCACAGCUCUGCCCCAAACGUUGUGGCCUUCACGCGCAGAUUUAACCAGACCAGUUUCUGGGUGGUUCGAGAGAUCCUCCAUGCACAGACACUCAAGAUCAGGGCGGAGGUGUUGAGUCUUUACAUUCGCACUGCCAAGAAAUUGUGUGACAUGAACAAUCUCCAUGCAGUAAUGGCUGUGGUUUCAGCAUUACAAAGUGCACCAAUCUUCAGACUCACAAAAACAUGGGCGUUACUCAGUCGGAAGGACAAGGCAACGUUUGACCGGCUUGACUAUCUGAUGUCUAAAGAGGACAACUACAAAAGGCUCAGAGAUUACAUCAGCAGUCAGAGCAUGGUCGCCUGUAUACCAUACCUGGGCAUGUACCUGUCAGACCUGACGUACAUCGACUCAGCCUAUCCCUCCACUGGUAGUAUUCUGGAGAACGAGCAGAGGUCCAAUCUCAUGAACAACAUCCUCCGAAUCAUAUCCGACUUACAGAGAUCCUGCACAUAUGAUGUGCCUGUGAUGCCUCAUAUUCAGAAGUAUCUCAACUCUGUCAGAUACAUUGAAGAGCUGCAGAAGUUUGUGGAGGACGACAAUUACAAGUUGUCACAGAAAAUUGAGCCAGGCACCAGCACACCACGAGCUAAUGCCUCAAAAGAGGACCUUGUUGUAACUCCAUUUUCAGGUCAGGAAGCCUCUCCUCUCUGUGGUCGUAAAUGCACAAUCGCAGCUGAAGGAACCAAAGUCCCUGCCACGCCCCCCUCCCCACGAAACCUCCUGCCCUACGGUCACAGGAAGUGCCACAGUCUGGGAUACAAUUUUAUUCACAAGAUGAACACGGUUGAGUUUAAAAGUGCGACGUUCCCAAACGCUGGCUCCAGACAUUUACUGGACGACAGUGUGAUGGAGAGCCACAGUCCGAGCCGAGUCCAGGCCGAGAGCUCCACUCUGUCCAGCGGCAUCUCACUUGGGAGCAGUGAAGGCUCUGAGCUGAGUGAAGAGGUGUCAUGGCCGGCUUUUGAGAGGACUCGCUUCUACCACUCUCUGGGCCCAGUGACCCGAGUGGCUCGAAUCCCCUACAGAGGCGUCCUGAGGCCCAGCAGCUCAGCCGAGUCGGAGGAGCUGGCGGUGCACUUGUAUCCCGGGGCGGUCACAGUACAGGGCGUUCUGAGAAGGAAGACUGUGCUGAAGGAGGGCAAAAAACCGACCGUGGCAUCUUGGACCAAAUACUGGGUGGCUCUCUGUGGUACCCAGCUUUACUACUACACUGCCAAGUCCCUGAAGGCCACAGAAAGGAAACAUUUUAAGUCCACGUCGUGUAAGAGCGUGUGUGUGGUGGGGCUCAUGGCAAUGAUGGCAGAUGACCCAGAGCAUCCGGAUGUUUUUAUGCUCACUGACUCUGAGCAAGGUAACACGUACAAGUACCAAGCAGGAAAUCGAAUGAAUGCUUUACUUUGGUUCAAGCAUCUGAGCGCAGCCUGCCAGAGCAACAGGCAACAGGUACCAGCCAAUUUGAUGUCCUUUGAGUGAGCCACAAUUAAUGAUGCCGAUGCUACGAUAAGCAGGAACAGUAUUGUCGUCAGUAGGGGGCGCCGUCACUGCCAUGAGCCCUGAACGCCAAAUGUACCUAGUCUACAUGUCUCUCCACCACUGCCUUAACCAGUGAACCUGCUUGUAUGUAUGCGGUUACUAUGGCGAUUGAAGACUCUUUUUUUUUUUUUUUUGGUUUGUAUUGACUACUGAACAAGGACGCACACCACUGGUUCUGUCUCCCACCUCCUGUGUCAUCAUUUUUGCAGUUUAGCACUUCAGAAGAGCCAUUUUGACAAGAAAAGAUUUACAGAAAGACAUUAAUAAUAGUAGGAUUUUUUAAAAGAAUUUUAAUUGUCGCCCCACUAUAUGCUUGAACAGAGGACUUUUUGGGACACCCCACAGGACGGACCCAUUGACAGUUACAAACUUUUUAUACACAAUUCUUCACUUGAGUUAACGUUGGGAUUCACAAUAUUAUUUAACACUCUUGCACUCCCGCACACAGACUGUUUGAUUGCGAUCUUAUAACAUAUUAAGGGCUCUCUAUAGCAAUCAAAUCCAGCAUUUCCUCACUUCCUGAAUGUGUCUAUUUGUAACAUAAUGGUUUGUAUGUGUAUGUUUGUAUGUGUGUCUUUGUAAUAACUGCUUGGGUGCAGAGAAAAUGGGAAGCAGGGGUCUAAAAAUGGUUACAUUUAUAGCUAUAUCUUGUCAUAUGGUACGAUUUAACCCAGAAGUCUAAGCUAUAAGACAUGUUUUUUGUUACAUCCUCGGUUAUUUUGCAUUGCUCAGUAGUUUUCCUGUUGGCUGUUAUCACUUGGGUCCACCACACUCGCACACAUUAAACACUACAGGUUUGAAACUGUGAAGAUAUCCCAAUUGUUUAACCAUAUGUCUUUUUUAUUUUUAUUUUUUAUUUUUUAUUUGCUUUGGGACAGUUUUUUUCAGAGCUACCUGGAGCCAUGAACUUUUAAAACAGUUAUUAUUAUGUUUUGUGCUCUUAGUUUAUUUCCUUAUUUGGGAGAGAUGGUGCAGUUCACAGUAUUACAUUGUGGUAGCAAAUUGCACGUAGUAGUAAUAGUCUGUUACAUUUAUUUGUUUCGUUUUGUGUUUUCUUCCUUUUUUGGAGUAUUUUAUGUACUUUUAGAUUUGAUUUUUUAUUUUCCCUUUAUUUGUUUAGAAAUCCUGAAUCUAUUGCUUUGAAAUGGCAUAAGCACCUUGAUUUAGAUUGGUGCCAAAAGAUAAAAAAGUAGUGUUUAGAGGCAGUGCAGCAAUAGGGCGAGCUGUAGGCAGGUGACAAUAAGGCAGCCAACAUGUAUUAAUUUCUCAGUGGCAAAGAAUAUGAGCUUGAUUUAUUUGCAUUGUCUAUUACAGACAAAUUAAUACAGACAGUGAUGACAAUGACAAUUCAAAAAUCUCACCUUUAAAAAAAGUUUACAUUGUAUGUUUACAGAAUCAUUUGCCCAUAAUAUCUUUCUGUAUGGACCAUAUUUAACUGUUUAAGUCUAUGGGAAAGUAUUAAACUUGGCUUUUCUUGACUGUUCUUAAAAGUCAACAUACCUGAACAUACGUUGUCUUCCCUGCCAGUUUUCCUGCAGUUCUAAUUUCUCCACUCACCCGAUAAAAUGUAAAAAAAUAAAUAAAUAAAUAAAAAAUCUCAGACAAUCCAUUUUUCAAAGACAUACUUGGAUUAGCCAAUCAGGGACACACAUGGUCUGUCCAUAUUGGUAAAAAAUAAGUAAAAAAUAAAUCUAUCUCUGUGAGCCCUAAACCCUGUUAAUCUGAGGUGAGAUAAAUUACAUUUUCUUUGUAAAUCAUAGAUGACCAGUGAGCUACUCCGUUUCACCUGCAUCACUAAAAACUAAUCUGACUGCACAAUCACAUUUGUCAAAGAGAUAUUCUUGAUUUGCCAGGCAAAAGACAUAUAGUAAUUACCUUGCUUUUGAACUUCUCUUUAUUUACAGAUUUGUAAUAAAUCUCAUAAAUAAAUCUGGCACCUAAAGAUUAAAACUAUUAUUUACACCAAAAAUACUGAUGUAUUUUGGUAUGUCAUGUCUUGCCUAAUGCACGACGGCAAUAUGAACUGUCUGGGGCAGAACAAAUUUUGAACCUCAAGCCUCCGCUUAAAGACAAUUGUUUUACCUCCUGUUUUAGUCUAUUAAAUUAUUGCCUAUUGUUAAUGCAACAGUAUAUCUCAAACUUGUUUUCAUGAGAUUUGCAUUUUACAUUCUAUACUGCGUCCUAACCUUCUUUGAGUUUGAGGUGAUUAUAAUUGACUAGACUUUCCUAAAUUGACUGCACACAGUUUUUCAGAUUGACUUAAGUGUCCUCCCCUAAAAUGUAUGAGAUAUGUUUGUAUAUCAUCCCUUUUAAAUCAAGAUAAGACACUGAACGUGUCUGUUUCAGCAGGAAUAGAGAAAGUCAAACAUUGUUAAGUCAAAACUUGAUCGAUGCUGAGAGCACCAGUUUGCAUUUGUGCGUGUGCAAAUAUCCCUAUUUUUUAGACUUUCAAAUUAAAGUCAGAUCCAUGACUGGCCAAACCCCAAGGCUGAAACUAAGCCUUUAAUUUUGGUCCAUGGCUUCAUCUCACUUCGAGUAUGCUGCUCUGCCAUGCUGGGUGGAAAGAAAGAAAAGCUAGUAAAGUGUUGUGUAUGGUUUGAAUGUGUCAGAUUGUUCCUAUUGUGGCAAAAGGCUUUGAGAUGUCAAAUUUGAUACUGGAUUAUCAAAUACUGUUAUUUCAUACGGGAAAGAGAGGGCUCACUAAUUUGUCUAUUAGUAAAUGAAAUGGGUGAAAUUUAUUUUUAAAGAAGUCAAUGUUCAUUUGUGGUGAUAUCACCCAGGCUGGCAUUUUGUGCAUUUCUUCUUGGAUGCCCAAAUGACAGACAAUAUUGAAUUUCAAAUAUUUAUGUUUUUAUUUAACAAAGAUGCACAACCCAAUUGAAGUCAGGUGGUCUUGGUAUGACUUUUCUUGAACUUAUUUGGGUGUUCAAUCUCCACCACAAUUGUAAAGCGCUUGUUUGUUAUGUUGUAAUGUCAUUUUGUUUUUUGUUUGCAAUAUAUGGUCAAAAUAAUGGAAAUACACAGCCUUAUUGUCAGGCCAAAUCAUAGUUAAUUGUUAAUAUAAUUUUCCAUUUUAAAAUUCAUAUUCCAUUUUGUAUGUAUUGCAAUGCAAGCAAAAUGAAUGCAAUGCAUAAUAUUGUAUUGUUUAUUUUUAAUGCACCAAAUCCCAGUUUAAAUUUUAAAUUUACCAUUUCAUUUUGCACUUGUUUAGAAUAAUUUCACUGAUGUGUAAUUAUGCCCUUGUUAAAUAUCCCAGGCCACACCAAGUUCUUACAUUUUGACCAUAUGCAAAAGCACAAUUCUCUCUUUAUUGUCAGCUUUGAAUCUUCAGUGAGUGUCCAUGCAAAAAGCUCAAACCAGUAUGUGUCACUGUUUACAAAGAACAUCCAUGAACAGCCUCUUAAUCAUUUCAGGUGACCAGGUUUAUGGACUCAAUGCCCUUUGAACUUUGCCCUUUUACCUGUCUGCCUGCCCCGUGGUGUGACUGUGGCGGUGCUGUGACCUCAGUGCUGAGUGAUGCACUGCCCAAAGUUUGGAGAAACCAAUAAACACUCUGCCUUUUUUACUCCACA